GGGUAGAGUGAGCGGGCAACGAGCGAGGAGGGGGAGGGAGUUUGGAAUUUGCACGGGUGAGGUUAGUGGCUCUUACACAAGGGAAUAGCGUCAUGUAGCGAGCGUUCGAAGCGUGCAUUCGCUACUAUUGGUGUAUCGAAGUACUGACGUAAUACUACGAAGCGCGUGGCUCGUGUAUGAGCGAGAUUCUCGGUUCGGUGUGAUGCUUUUGCGUAGGAUUCGGUGUAGUACAUAAAAAGUCGGUGUGUGGCCGGCUGCCUCCAACGCAGAAACUCGACGAGGUAGGGCUCCAGACUCGGGGCUUCUUUUUCUUCGUUUCUCUCUUUUUCUCUUCUACGACGACUACUAUCGCGAUAAAAUUUCCUCCCCGCAGCCGCCCGCGGCCUCUCUCUCUCUCUCUCCCUCGCCGGUUUUCAACCCACAAUGUGGGUGGAAGCCUGCGUGUUUCGCGUCCGAGAGCUCGUACCGGGAUCUGUACUAGGCAGGAGACCGAACUCGCCAGUACAUCGGGGUAGCUCGCGAGGGCAACACGCGUCGGCCGCCGAUACAAACACCAUCCCUUUUUAUUUUAUUCCCCCCUCGCUCUCGCGCCAAAGCGCGCUCAGCAAGACACUCGGGGCUUGUUAAGAGAACCAAUCAAAUGUAAUAUCAAAUCGUCGUGCUCCUUAAUUCACUCGCGGCUCUCAAUACUCACUCGGCCCCCCCCCCCCCCCCCGCCGCCCCCCUCCCCCCUCGAACACACACUUCGCGUUAUCUCCUUUCCCCUUCCCGGCUCGGACGAUCCGGAACGUUUUUUACAAUCGCUUACAUCCUACUCUUUCUCGGAAUCUCAACGUCGUUCCUAAAACUCGAAAAUCUUUGACAGUGGUUCUUCGAAUCCACGCGUUUAUGACACUCCUUUAUUCGAUUAUUAUGCCCAUUCCAUGAAUAUUAUCGGGAACCUCAACGGUUCCUCCAACGAAUUUUGGGCCUCGCUUAAAAACCAUUUUUCUCGUGUCAAAGUAAUGGACAUUCGUUGAUCGCGAUGAGGGUGGCUCGAUGAAGGAAAGUGACGAAUAUUCACCCAUUCGAGUUUUAUUUUUAUAUCGUUUUUACUAACUUUUUUAUAUUCCGAACGAACGAAAACGGUGGUUCUGACCUUUUCCACCGACUCCACGUCGAUUCGUGUCGUUCCCUCUUUUUUUUUUUUUUUUUCAAAAACAGUGAAAUAAAGAAAGUGACAGUGCGUGCGUUUUUUUUUACGAGCAUGACCUUCACUCGGGCUCCCAAGUGUGUCUCGUCGUAAACUCUUGCUUCUACUGCAAAUUAUUUUUGUACUAAUGUGAAAAUGAAGACUUCCAACGUGUCAACGAGCGAAGAUAUUCGUCGAACGAUCACCGCCCGAGCAUCAUCAAUUCUCUAAUCACUCAAUCUCCCCUUUGUUGUCAACUAUUUGUUCAUUUGUUUGCUUAUACACAUCGAGAAACACAUCAAGCUCGCAGCUCGCGGCCCACUGACCCGACCUUGGUUCGGCCAGAACAGAGGCGCCUCGUAAAUAAAAAUGUGAACGGCCAAUAACGAAACGCAGAUGCCCAACAAGGCACGGCCUCGUCGUGAGUGGUCUCCCGAAUCCCCUUUCGAUGUCUUGGUAUGCAACGAUAUUGCCACUGUACUCCAGGUGGAUGCCCCGCUCCGCCAUGAGGCCUGCCGAUGUUGGCGACACGACGGAUUGCAUUUUGGUCGUUGGGGUGUCGCGACCAAAGAUGGCAGCGGCAUUCCUUUCGGUCGCCCUCGUAUCGCUCUUUCUCACAUUUCACAUAUUGUACGACAGCGCGAUUUACAGUCUCCACGCGGCCUCGGUGGUCGAGGGUCGAGCGAUGGAAGAGCUCGUGACACGCGCGAGGUCGACGCCGCCGCUUCUCCUCUCGAGCAAAGUUCAUUUUUCAAAAACAAAUCGUCAUCUGCCCCAAGCGAUUAUCGUCGGUGUAAGAAAGUGCGGCACGCGAGCCCUUCUCGAGAUGCUAUUCCUUCAUCCCCAGAUACAAAAAGCUGCGGGGGAAGUCCACUUCUUCGAUCGUGACGACAACUACGGCAAGGGACUCGAAUGGUACCGACGAAAAAUGCCUUAUUCCUUCAAGGGACAACUCACCAUCGAGAAGAGCCCGAGCUACUUCGUCACACCGGAAGUUCCUGAGCGCAUUCGCGCGAUGAAUUCGAGCGUGAAGUUGUUGCUGAUAGUCCGAGAGCCGGUGACACGGGCCAUAUCGGAUUACACGCAGUUGCGAACCCACGCGGCAACCGCUUCGACGGUGACAGCGGGUGUCCAGGAGUCCGGAACGUCGGGGGCCCAGGAGGUGCCGAAGACGACGUCGUCGGGUGCGAAGGAGCCUUCGAAGAGCUUCGAGGAAUUGGUGAUGCGCCCGGACGGGAGCAUCAACGAGUCUUACAGGCCAAUAGCGAUCUCGCUCUAUCACACUUACAUGCACCGGUGGUUGGAGGUUUUUUCACGCGAGCAGAUCCUCGUGGUGAACGGCGACCAACUGAUCGAGGAUCCGGUGCCCCAGCUCCGGAGAAUCGAGAGCUUCCUCGGCCUCGAACCUCGCAUAGGCAGACACAAUUUUUACUUCAAUCACACCAAAGGAUUCUACUGUCUGCGCAACGACACAGCGGAGAAAUGCUUGCGGGACAGCAAAGGACGAAGACACCCUCGGGUCAGCCCGGUCGUGGUGACGAAACUACGAAAAUUCUUCAACGAGCACAAUCAACGCUUCUACGAACUCGUCGGCGAGGAUCUCGGCUGGCCGGAGGAAUAGCCAACGCGGAGCGUCUCGCCUCGUCGUCUUCUUCUUCUUCUUCUUCUUCUUCUACUUCUACUUCUCGUUGUUAUUCUUCUUGUUAACUCCUUCUUAUUCUUCUUCUACGACUUCUUAUUCUCGUACAAAGUUAUCUUCUUUUGGCUGUAUUCGUCGACUCCUAGGAUUAGUAAUCUUCCAUAUUCCUCCCCCGACAUUCUUCCUCCGUAGAUUAAUCACCGGAGCGUUAACCGAGGCCUCGAAACCCGAUGGAACGGCGCGUCUGACUGGAGGCUCGCGCGGGCGCGGGAAUAAUUAUCGGAGAGAAAGUUGGAGCCGCGAGGGGGUUCGUUGCGCGAUGAAACUUCACUUAUAAUUAGCCCCGAGGAGAAACGACUGAUUUCCAAAGACAUUUGGCCCGAGCCCCGAGUCCCCGGGCUUUUUCAAUGCCUCGGAAAUGAAGUUCGGUAACUCACUCGAUAGCCACGAUUCCGCUGUGAGUAAAAACCUCUUUUCCCACCACCGCACCGUCUUGGAGCCUCCGCGGGGAAAGAGGAUAAAAAGCACGCUUUACGAGUCCUUUCCUCGAAAGAUACCUGCUCCGAGUUGAUGUUCUCCUGCGAACGGUGCAUCGAUCCGUUGACGAAGUGCAUCGAAACGAGUUGUGCCAUUGACCUGGGAGCUCGUGCGGUGGCAAACUCGCGAAUGCACUACUCUCUGGGUAAAGAGAGGGCGCGAGCAGUGGUGGAAAAAGCACUCAGGGACCGAGUCAUCAAAGCCUCGGCGUUGCCCACUAGAAACUCCACCAACUUUCCUCCGGUCGAUGACACUGCGAAUUAAAAUCUUUCAGAGCUCAAAAUACUUUUCCACGGUAAACUGUCAACGGAAUGAAAGACCGCAAUAAAGCCGCACGAGCAGCGGAACGUCCAAAGUAGAGGUUAUAAUAAAACUUUUUAUUCGCCCCGUUACAAAGUUUCAUCGUUUAAUUCUCCCUCGAAAAUGGGACUCUCGAAUUUUCGUUAAAACGUGUUGCACAUGAAAUGAAAAGAAAAAAAAAAAAAAAUCAACGAAUUUCUCAUUCCCCCGCGAUGAAAACGAGUCAGAACGAUCGUUAAAAUCGUGCCUCGAAACGAGCCGCGUUUGAUUUCACUUGCUCCGCAAUCCGUUCGGUAAAACAUCGCGUACCAAUUUCGUUAUUUGCCUGGACAACUCCGGGGCGUGUAUAGCCUCGAAUCGUAAAAGCCUCAUGACGAGCCAAAGGCCUUGGCGCCCGCGUCCGUUUUAAUCGCUCCACUGGCUGCUUCCACACUCGCGUUUAUACUAAAUCGCUGCGACCCAAUAAAUUUACAUGAUAAAAAGACAACUCUACGCGUCUCAAAACCUCCCACGCUUCUCGUCGGGGGCCCUGCCUCCCUUUAAAAGUGGCAAACGAGCGUGAGAAGCGAAAAUCCCUCGAUCAUACCGAAUCGUCGAUUUUUUUUUUCUUUUUUGACCAUUCGAACCAAUUUCAAAUCCCUCGAUCGCUAACGCUUCCGGUGAUCAAUCAAAACCUACGGAUCACCAUCCAAACACCCACAUUCUCAACACUCACACAACCCCGUUCAUUAACACACACACACACACACACCAGAGAAUACGAGAGACAAAAAAAAUGUUGAAAACGCGACAGCAACGCCGGCCAAAAAGAUGCGGGUCUGGAUGACUGGAGGAUUUUUCCAUGUGCCCCACUGCACGUGGUUCAACCUAAACUAUAUACCGAUAUAUACAUUUAUAUAGAGGAUCAAAGAAGAUAUAAUGACGCCGAAAGGGAGACUGCAAUUAGAGGAAAAAUGUACGAGAAGAAAAAUGCGGUUUAUCGUCCUCUGGGCCCGCGUCAAAACGGAUCACAUUGGUCCACGACUUUGAACUAUUUAAAGGAUAGCACUGAAAAUAGGAAUUCGGGCAAGAUAAAAGGGAAAACAAAAAAGAAUGAAAGAAAGCGUGAGAAACAGAUAAAUAUGAAGAGAGUUUAAUAUUUUUAUAAUCCACAUUGGAAGUUGUUAUCUCGUUCGUUAUAAGAUAAUUAAAUAAGCGUAGAUAAAUGAGAGAGAAAAGUGAGUGAUCGCGAUCGUCACAGUUUACCAAUAAAUGUUUAUCGAUCGGCACGAAUGUUGAGGCUACCUCGUUGAACUUGUAGUUAAAUUUUUAUUAGCCUUCCGAUAAUUUCGUUGACGAAAUUAACAAUCGUUGCCUUUCCACUGCAAUAUGUUCAGUGUAAUCUUCAACGGAGCUUGUUUUCAGUACGAUACUUUAUCGAAGUACGAUUAUUCGUUGUUGUUUAGGGCACAAAUACUUGCCAGUUUGUCGCAGCUUCGUUUUACUAUAAAAUCAAAUGAAAAUGAUAAUCGAAAGACUGCACAAUCAGCUCUCGAGUCCAGUGAAAAUCACAUUAUCCAAUCAAAUCGCUCGAAACAAUCGCAACUCAAUCGAAUCACAAACAAAUAAGUCUUUUUCUACAAUCUAAUCAAGCCCACGAAAUAAUUGAAGACUUUUCGGGGAUAAAGUCGCACGAAACUCGUAGAAAAAUCUUACCUGGGAAAACAACACUCACGCACAAAUCUUCCACAUAAAACCAGUCACUUGAGAGCUCGCUGGAAUAUUUGUUCGCACCUCUUUGUAAAUAUCCCUCGCCUCCGGUGGCGUGACACUCGUACACACACUUUAACCCGUCGACGAGACAAGGGAUUCGAUCGAGAAUCGGAGUUAAAAUAGCCAGGAGAUUCCGCCUUUCGACCCUUCUCAUUGGGACGAAAAAAUUGUUUAUCUACAACGAAAGUAACAGCGUUAGAGACAAUAUAGAGACAGGGACGAUGGUCCUUCGAAUUUAUUUAUUAGGCAAAGUGAGGGAGGAAAAUCCAAUCGUGGAUGAAAAAUGCACUUGGUCCAUCGGUUAAUCGUUCGUUGAUAGCUGAUGAAUUUUCCGGUGAAGUUUUUCGUUAAAAUUCUCGUUGCAAAUCGUUGUUCAAAGAGAUUUUUUCAUUUUAAAGUGGCUCGCAGGGCGGUCCAGCCCUGGAGAACUACGUUUAAUAGAAAUUUAUAGGAAAAUUUAUUGAUCCGGAGAUAUGUAAAAAUAUAUAGCGAUGAAUUUGUGACGAACUCGAAAAUACGAUUUUUUUGGUAAACUGUGGAAAUCGAACGGUCGAUCAAAAAGGGAUCGUAAAAGUAGGAUUUCGGGAGUCGAAGAAUCGUCCUCCGGAGAAAGGAUUACUCGAGAUUCGAAGUCUCGAUCGAGAAUCAAUUUCGUAGCAUAAAUAAGGAACAAAAAGUAUUAAUUUAAGGUGCGAAAGGGGAGCGAACGAAUGUGACGAACGUUGUGCUUUGUUGGCCCAAGUCACAUCGAAUAUUCGAUUUAUCAAAUGAAAUCGAUAAUCAAUUAUUAUCGACGAUCAAACGGAUACAUAUCAAGAGAGUAAUCGAUACAUAUCAGAAAAAUAAUCGAUGCAUAUCGUAAUGUGAUAAAAUGGGGAGGGAAUAUUUAAAAAAAGGGGGGGGGGAGAAAAAUAAAAAUGAUCUAGAAUUAGGUGUUGAGUGCGAAAGCGACUGAACGGGGAUGGAAGGAAAAAUCGUUGAUUCGGUGCACGAUUUUAAGAAAAUUAUCGAAGAAGCUUUACACGAGUUUUUUUGAAAUAGUAUAUUUAUGGGAAGAAAAAAGGGUUUUGUAUACGGAGAAAGCGUCUCAUUUCAAAGCUGCUAAUGCCGCGUUUAUCGAGUAUGAAAAAACAGCACAAAUGACGGGGUCUCUUUGAACCCGAGUAUUUUUUUUCUUUGCCACCUUCAUUUACGUGCUCCCCUUGAUCAAACGCGAAAAAUAGGAGGCGCGAGGAGGAGAAGGAGGGUUGAGGGGUUUGCGCCUUUGACGAUGCUCGAGAGGUAAUUACGGGGACCCUUAAUGUUUUUUUUCUUCUCACUGUUUCGGCAUCGCCGCGCCUGCAUGGCUGAUUAAUCCGUAAUUAUUAAUUGGAGAGGGAAAGAUAUCGGAGAAGGGCUGGAGUACGAAUUUGAUUUUCGUUCGUUUGUGCUCGUCGAAAUUCGGGGAAAGCUUCUCCAUCAAUUAUCGAAUCUUAAGGUACGAACUUAGCCCUUUAAAACUUUGGCGCAAGCCUCUCGCCCCGCGUCCCUUCGCGAGGCUGCAGUUUCGUGCAACACUCUGAAAAUUACGUGCUUCCACGUACUUGUGCAUCGAUCACGGGAUGCCACGAGCCCUUUUGCCCUCAGACUCUUAAUUACUCCGCGCUCACAAACUUCGAGAAUUAAUUAAGCAAGCUUUUGCUGAUUUAAUCGAGAGAUAAGAGUCGCGCGCGCAGUAGCACACUUCCACUUACCAACUAUACGUUUCAGGCUCAUUAACGUUUCUUUGAUUAAAAAGCAACAUUGCGAUUCUUCAUCGUUCCUCGAAAAGCAUGAGGGUUGAUCGGGUCAAGGCCGCCGGAUACGGGCGCCAGCCCCUCGCCAGCAAGAGCAUCCUCAAAACCGUUGCCGCUCCUGAAUCAGUAAUAAAAACGUCUGAAGAAUCCCGCCUCCCCGAAAGAAUCGCUUCAGACCUCUGUGCAGGGGCGGAGUGUGUACGCUCGUGCGAACGAUUCGUCUUCGUCGGCCCUGGAAUUAUCGAUUUAUCGGUAGUAGUGAAGAGCGUCAAGGUCCACUCUCGCGAGGGGGGGAGGAGAAUGAUGAAGUGGCAUUUUUACGACGGAUGGCAUGAAUUAUUUGCCACAUUAUCGUGUACACCGAAAUUUCAAGCGAACGAAGAACGGCGGAGGGAAGCGAGAGAAAGCGAGGGCGAGUGUGACAGGGGUGAAAAUAGCGAGUGUCUCUGAGGGCAAAACACUGAUUAAUUAUUUAGCGAGUGUAUAUAGCGAAUGAACGAACGAACCCGAGUUGUACUCGAAAUAUAUAAGUCCGUAAAUUAGUCUUAAGGUGAACAAAAAAACGAUCGCUGUUAAGCCUCCUGAAAGUUGAAAAAAAAGAUUUAAAAAAAAAAACAAAAAAACUUAAAAACUUAAAAACUUAAAAAUAUAAACAAACGAUACAUAUCAAGAAUUGCCUGAAAAAAAGGAGGUAAAAUGGUCGUAAUUAUAGACGUAAAUACAUAUCAUCAUUGUGUCGAUAUAAAACAACAAUUAUAUUGAUAUUAAAAAAACCUUUUUUCGACCUCAAAUACGUGCUCGUGAACAAACAUAUAAUUGUACAUCUCAACAGUAUCCAUGUAUAUAGCACUAUUGUAUACACACGAUUAUAUUGAUAACUUAUAUACAGAGAUUGAAAGGAUUAUGUUUUUCGAUAGAAGCCAAAAGCGACGAAUGCUUAAAACGAAAAGAAAAAACUCUGAAAAUGGAAAAUCCUCGGAAAAAGGGUGGGGGGGGGGGGGGCGAGGAGUCGAAACCAAAGAAUGACAUUUCCCAAGCGAUAAUUGCCAGCAAUAAAAGGUACUUGGCGACCGAUCGACGAGGCCCGAAGCGCCGAGCUUCGGGGACAUUUGGCGAAGCCAAUAUUUCGUGAUUUUCCUUAUACGAUUCUUCACUCAUUUACAGUCGGAGGUUAUCGUGCAAUGAAAUUGCUCUCUGUCACCGAUCCGACUGCGCGUUCAUGGUUUUUCCUCCUCUCAAAUACAUCCCGAGCUUUUGUACGAAUGUUUUGCUCCAAAUGCUAGUUCCCGAGGAACGUGUAUUCCGGUUGAACCCUCUCGAGGGUCGCCGACUCGUCGCUACGCCCUCGAAUUCAUCGGCAUCGAAAGCACACCGAAGUUUAUUGCGUUGAAAAAAAGCUUUUUAUUUAACGAGCGAAUAAAUGAAAUUCCAUUGUCUUUGCGAGGGCGAGAUGAAAGCAAAAUUCAACUCGUAGAUCUACACUCGAUACAUAUCACUAGUACCUUAAGAAAAUUCGCCAUUUGCAAAGCGAUAUUAUAUACGAUACAAUUAAUUUAUUACGAUUUUACCGUAAAUAGAAAAGUUUCAUAUAUUAUAUGUAUAUGUAAAUAAAUAUAAAAAAUUACCAAAUAUAUGUAUACACCCAUAGAAAGGUGGGAAAUCACGAAUGGGGGGGAGGGGUUCGAGAAGAAAAAGGUGAGAAUAUCGUUGGAGGGAAAAGGGGACUCGGAAGAGAGGAGAGAAGGAAAUAAAAAUCCGGACAGUAUUCUAAGCAUAGGAAUACAGAAGCUUUAGAGAAUAGUUCGUGAUUUUUGAAUGUUCAAUAAAGCGAUAUUCGUCGUAGUUCAUAAUAUCAUUUAUCUCAAGAGCUUUGAAUUUUCGAAUAUUCGUGCGUGUUUGAAAUUGUUCGUUAACGGUAGUUGAAAGUAAUAUGAAAAGCAACAACAGGAUCAACGAAAGAAGGAAAUUUGAUUAGUCGGUGUUUAAGGUUGUUAAGGGGUGACGAGGCCACGUGACGGGGAAAGGGAAUGGAAACUCGAAGGAGAGAAUGCGAUCGGGAAAGGGCGGAACGUCGAGGGGCGGGGGGAUAAACCAGAUUCACGUGGCUCAGUCCUUGCGCCACUGGCGAUUCUACGAUUUAUUAUUUUUAUAAACGAGUAUUAAGAAACGAUCAUUUUUUAAGGAAUAACAAAGUAAAAUAGCGCGGUAAUCGUGUAAAAGUUCAGUCACGUGUUCCCCGUCGUUAAAUACGAAGAUCGAAUACAGCAUCGUAUACGAAUUCCAAUCUCGUACGGAAGCAGCAAGAAAAACUAAAAAUAAAACACGUAAAAAAUGGAGGAAACCAAGGAAAAAUGCUCUUCGAUCUCAAAUUCUAUUCCUAGUAUAACGAAUUGUCCCUCGAAAUGAAAUCCCUCGUUGAGAAUUAUUGUAAAUAAUAGCAAAAGUUAAAUUUAACGAAAAAAAGGAACCCUAAAACACCAGUGAAAAUACCAAUAGUUUGAGAAAACAAAAAUAUAAAAAUCCAAUUAGUCGAAGAGUUAAGCAAUUCCGAUCGUUUAACUGCAUAUACGAUCGUUGAAUAUUCGAAUCUGAUUGUCGUCCAAAUAAACUUAAUUCGUUUGAAUGUUUUUCUGUUUAUAUAUCCGCCGUUAAAAUAAUACGGAAAGACAAAAUUUUACGAUUAGAGUGCUAAUAAACAAAGUUUUGUCUGUCGACUAUGGAUUACAAAGGAUUUUAAUAACUGUCUAUUCGAAAGUGGAUCUCGAUGUGAAAGUAUAUAUAUAUAUAACAAGAGAUAUAAAAAAAACUGGACUGCAAAUUAAAAUCGGAGGUUAUGAAACCGAAGGAAAUAACCGAGACGCGACUGACAGACGCAAUGAAAUAUACGACAGGACUCCUUUGAUCUUGUAAAAGAACGUUUACAGUCACGAAUAAAAGGAGAAACGAAGAAGAAAAUAUCGACGCGAAAAGGUCACGACCCUUGGCACGUGACAUUUUAUCAAGCGAAGCAAACAAAAAGCAAUAAUCCAUUUCGAUUGGAACAUGCACGACUGAUAGUUUGUAGUUAUUAUCGCGAAGCCUGAAUAUCAAAAAACGAAGAAGAUGAAAUAUGAGAAGAAAAAAAAACGUUUUAACGAAGAAAUGCCCAAAAUGAAAUCAGCAGCGAUAGAAAAGUAUUUACAGAGAAUAAUUAUAGACAUUUAAAGCAUGAAUAAAUUAUUUUCGAUUGCAAGAACCUCGAAGAAUCACGAAAUCAAUUGUUUCUCCAGCUUUGAUUUCGUUGUAUUCGCUGAUACACCAACUUUUCGUACUUCUUUGAAGCAGCAAAAAAAUGGAUCACUGUGUAAUGAGAGGACGAAGGGAUCAGAGCUGAGCUUGUGUCAUUUGGCCACUCCGAUUGUACGAUUAUUGCCUGUAAAUAACAACCAAAAACUACUAUUUUAUUAUUUAUUAAUCAUAUACGAUCUUUAGCUUAACGAAGAAAAUUGAAAAUUAUUACGAUAUACCAAAGCAACAAACCACCCGAAUAGCAAAAAAAACGACGUGACAACAGGGACACAGGUUUACGAAAUAAUACGAUUUUCAACAUUCCCAACAACAAUAAGUAAUAACGAGUUCAAUCGAUUCCAAGAUAUAAUGAAAAUAAUGAAAUAACUAAUAGUCACUGCAACAACAACAACAACAACAACAAACGAUUUUAAAAUGACGUUAGAACAGGAUAAAACCGAAGGAGGAGAAAAAAACACCAUUUAAUUAGUUUUAAACAUUUUGUAUGUUUAUAUGCAGUUAAAUGAUAUGUAUAAUCAACAUUGUGGAUUAUCUGAUUGUAUAAUAUUGUCAUGAUGAUUAUUGUUAUUAUUAUUGUCGAUCAUUAUUAUUAUUAUUAUUAUUAUUGUCGAUUAUGAUUAUUAUUGUAAUUAUUGUGGUUUUGACUUCUGGUUAGUCUCGAGCACGUGCUUGGAUUUAAUCCUCUGUAAUAUAACAAUUAUAAGCAUAUAAAAAAAAUAUAUUAUAUAUAAUACGAA